GCCUGGUAAAAAGCCACCCCCCCAAAGAGGGGAGAAUGGCUCACUACCCAGCCUACGGGGCGCAGAGGGAGGGGCGCGUCCCUGGUCAGCCUGCGUCCGUUGUAAUGGGGGGGCUCGAUACCAUUAGCGCCAACUCAGAGGUCGGCCAACCGCAUCCCGGCGCGCCCCCCGUUCCGACGGAUCGUGCGCGAGGGGGUGGCGAAAAGCUUCUCGGAUUGAGCGUCUGGGUGCAGCGAUUGCGGGGGUUGCCGGCAGGGCCAGGCGGCGGGGGGGUGCCGGCAGGGGGUGCUGAGACCCCCUCGAGUGGGACGCGGUUGGCGAAUGCGCAGGAGACACCUCGAGGGGGUGCGGCGAACCUGGAGAGGGUCCCCCCUGGGGUGCCGCUAUUUGGGGCCUUGAGGGAGUUCGGUCCGAGGGGGGGGGUCCCGCAGUUUCCAGGUGCGAGGCAGUUGCCUGACGAGCGGCCGGAAGACGAGGGAAGCGCGCACGAGGGGGCUGAGAGCCCCCGUCAGCGGAAGGAAGAGGAAGAAGCAAAUGACGAGCCCGAGACGCCGUCGUCCGGGCCCCUCCCAACGCCGCCCCCGCCGCUGCCAAACGCCACGAAUCAGGCACGGGGGAGCGGCCCUUCGACCGGGGGCCCCGUUUUUCUAGGGGGGGUGCGGACAAGCACCGACACUGCGAGCCGGUCGGUGGAAGGGCCGUCGACCGCGGACGGUAAUCCUAACCCUAAUCCUAACCCCAACCCGAAACCGGCGGCGUCGCAGCAGAGGAGCAGGGGCGGGGGUUACGGGCCCAGCCUCGCCGCCCGGCGGUACGGUCUGGCGGAAGCGCUUCGGGAGCAGCAGGAAGCCGCGGCGGUUCGGAAGUGGAUGAGCAAGUCGGAGAGCGGGAGCCAUGCUUUUAAGGCGAGCAACGGGACGGGCGCCUCCGGGGGGGGGGGUCGGACGGGCAGCCGGCCGAGCACGGAGGUGGGGCUGCCGAGCCCUAGCGUUGGUGCCCCCCUGAAGCAGUUUGCGGAAGCAGGGACGCCUGAGACGGUCGACGGAGGGGGGGGCAGGCGCGAGCAAAGGGUUGUCGAGAAUGGGUUCAACGCAAGGCGGGGCAACGGGUUUCAAGUGGAGGGAGGGGAAACGAGAGGCAGGGCGGGCGAUGCGGGUGAAAAUGAAGAGGGCCGAGACGGAAUGCACGAGGAUAGGGCUCACCAGCCGAGGGGGUUUGGCAGUUUCGGCUCUUUGUGUAAGGAUGCGGGGGGGUGGCGAACAGAAGGACAGCCGAACGGUUUGGGGGGAAAGUCUACGGAUGUGCCGGAGGGGGAGGGAAAGAGUUUCGAAGGCAGCGGGGGCAGCCGCGGGGGCGCGAGGAGAGGAAUGGGUUCUUGGGUUGAACGAUUGGGUAUCGGCCAGGGGCAAAAAGAUGCCGGAAACCAGGGUCAGAGAUUUCCUGGGAAGGAGGGGGGGGUGGGGAAAACGAAUGCUGUCGAGGGGAGUGCUGAGGGGAGGCCGGCUGGUCAUGGUGGAGAUGACGAUUUGGCUGGAGGGGGGGUGGAGCCAGGCAGUAGAGCAGAAGCAGGGGGGCAAAUGAAUCCCCCAUCAGAGGGGGGCACCGCGGCUUCGAACGGGGGAUCUGGGAGGAGAUCUUCCGCCGGGGAAGGAGAGGGAUCAGCAGGGACGCGAAGGCGGGGGGUGAAAGGGUUGAGGCCCAAUGGGGGGCUCAGUUUUCUGCCGUCGUUCAGGAUGCCCCCCCCCUUGGUCAUUCCGGGAGACAACCAAGCCCCCGAAACGGAGGUUCAGGAUGUCGUGGAAGCGGGUGGUCACGCGUUGAUGGAAACCCCGCCCCGAACCUCCGCCCCGGCGCUCUCUCCUUGGGCCGUUCGAUUGGGGUUAGGCGGUCGAGGGGGGCCACCGCCAAACCCAUGUGCGGAACCCCCUACCGUAGGACGGAUCCUGGGCCCCUCUGGGCCAGGGCCCGACUCUCGUCCCUUGAACGACGAGGACGAGGGGAGGAGGCAGCCUGAUGACGUCAGCAAUGCACGGAGACGAGAAGACCGCAGGAGGAGUGAGGUUGAUCGCCCCCCAGGUUUAGAAAACGGGUUAAGCGGGCUUCCGCAACGGCCCCCUGGCAACCCUUUCCGACUUGGUCCGCCGCCCUUUAGCCAGAGCAGCCCGACGGAAGCGGGGGGCUUCAGGAGGGGCUUCGGGGGACCCCCUUUGGAGGAGCAGAGGUUUCCGGGGGGUCAAGGGUUAGGGUUUGAGGGGUUAGAGCGGCCCGUCUUUCACCCUGGGUUUGGAGGAGGGGGGCCGUUUCAGAGCCGUCCGUUUCCUGGACCGCAAGCUUCCACAGGGCCUCGGAGCGAGACCCCUAAAGAAACAUUCCGAGUACCUAGGUCCCCCACUGUGCGGCAGGGACCCUUUAAGCUUCCCCCUUCGCAUCCAAGCGGAGCCCACGAGGGCCCUGACCCGUUCAACUGGAGCCCAAAAGGAGAGGGUUUUCCGGCCUUUCCUAACCCCUUCCUUUCAAAGCCUCAACCCUCCACUAAUCCUGACCCUAACCCCAACCGGAUAAAUCCGUUCGUGGCAGCCCUCCAGGGCAACCCGUCGCUAACCCGGUCACGUAAUCCAGACCGGUUUGGCACCCGCCCACCCCCCCACCCACGGCCGUUCGAGGACUUUGGCAAGUGGGGGGCCCCUCCAAUGCAGUUUGGGUUCCCCCCCGGACAGGGCUUUUUCGGCAGGCGGUCUCCGGAUUCGUCUCGGGGGGGUUCUUCCACGAGCCCGCAGGAAGCGGCGAAGGGGUUAAACAAACCCUCGUUAAGUUCGGGGAGCCUCCAAGCCGGGGGAAGGAGCACUGGGGGUGCAAAUUCCGAGGGCAUGAGGCCGGCACUGAGCGGGGGCUUUGGUUUACAGGGGCUGGGUCAAAAGUCAAUGCGAGCAAGGUUAGAUGGUGUCGGCGGGUUAGGAUUUCGUCCGGAAGGGUUUAGCACGGGGGGGCCUUGGAAACUGGGGGUUUUCAGAGAGCCUAGGGCGGUGCCCUCUGCCCACGAAAGACAAGUUUCUGGGGACGGUAGUUGCUCGAGUUUUUCCCGGGGGAGGUACGAUGCCCCCCCCCAAGAGCGUCCGGAGGAGGGUCAACGUCACAGCCCGUUGCAAACCUCCCCGGAGGCGCUCUCGAAGCCCACCAUGCCGGGGGGGUGGGAGCACCCCCCCGGUCGCGCAACCGACGCGCGCUUUCCGUUUGACGCAGGGUUCAGAGGCUCGAAAGCCGACGCGCAUGCGCCAGGUGGCGGCGAGCGGUCUCGUGGGGUGGGGGGCGAGUCGGGCCGCCGCGGCUUUGGUUCCGAGUUCGCGGCGCCAUCCCCUGACGCCAUGCGGCCGUUUUCCUACCCCAGCUUUCAGGAGACACGUGUCACGAGACCAGGGCCCGUGGAGGGGAGCGGAAGCGCCGCGACGAAAAGCGUUCCGCUCGAUUUGCUCCGGGGGGGUGGAACGGAUAGGGCGGGCAGCAGUUCGGGGGGGUCGGAGAAGAAGGGGGCGUCCGGAAUUAGGGUCGGGUCGGCGGGACAGCAGGCGGACUCGGCGGGGGGGUCCGGGCCGUCCAGCGGGAGUAUGCUCGUCGGGGGGCGGUCCUCGUUAGGUGCGAGCGGCCUCCCCUCCCCCUCGAACCCCUCCCUCGGCGGCAGCAGCGAGUCGCUCCUCAAGGACCUUUUCAACCCAGAAAGCCCGGUCGAAGUCCACCCGUUACCGCACCGUCGUUCCUCGGCGCAACCAUUACCGCCCAGAAGCUCUCAAGACGUCUCGGGAAAAGCGCCCUCGCCAUCUCCGUUGAACCAGCAACCGUUUGCGGCAUCUCCAAGAGACCAGGCUUUGGGGGGAGGCGAAGGCGGCGUGACUGCAUCUUGGACUCAGCAGCGGCCCGAUCGAAGGAACGAGAGCGUCACCGAGGGGGGCCACGGGAGAGUUGAGAUCCGGAGAGUGGGCGAAGAGGAGAGGGAAUGGAAAGCGGAGUCUCCGGAUGGAGUGGUCCCUUCUGGCCGAGUCUCCAGCCCGAGCCUAUUCCCACCGCCCUCCGAGCAGCACGACAGAAGCGCCUCUCUUUCUCCUCUCCCUGGUGUAAAUACCCACCGCCGCUCGCGCAGCCGCUUCUCCGAGGGGGGUCUCCAAAACGACGGCGAAGUCCCUUCAGACUCCCAACUUUUAACCCCCCAAAACGCCCAGCUCUCGCCCCCACAGAACGCGGACGCCGAAGGGGACCGUGCGGUGCCUCUGUCUAAGAUUGUAAAAAGUAACAGGAAGGAGGAGAUCGUCCGAAAAGGGGGGGACGGAUUAAGUGACGGCUUCCCGCAACGGCGGUGGUUUGAUAGGCUGAACGAGAGACCCGAGAGAGAUGGGUCUCCGAGGACUCAAUCGGUGAACGCCGCGGUUGAUGCGGCGAGGGAGGGGCUAGGGGAACCGUCGCCUAAAGGCGAAGCAGGGACCGUGGAUGUGAACCUGGAUCGAAUGGCCGCCGAAUUGGCGGAAGCUGUUGCCGCGUACGGCCGCUCGACCGUCGAGGCCGCCGUGAGGCGCCAUCUCCGGGUUGCGAAACUGAAGCGCCGGGCAGACGGGCCGGAACGAACGGAAUGGACCGGAAGCGAGGGGACCGGAACGGACUGGACAAAUCAGACGGAGACUACUGACCAGACUGCGAGCGAGGCGGAACGGACGGAGCUGGACGGAACCGGAGCGGAAAUUCAGACGAGCAGAGGGGAGAAGCGGACCCGAGGGGGGGAAGAGGAGGAGGGGGACAGCCGCGGGAGAGGAUUGGGGAAACGGGCGAGGCGAGAGGUGCCCGGAACGGAGGAGCGGAACGGCGGAACGGGAGGGGGGUUGAGAAGGGUAAAGACAGAGAGCGGAGGCAACGGGGAAGAUUAUGAGGCACCGGAGUCUAAAUUGACUGACAUGGGGGAACGGCCUGGGGUCUCAAACAACCGGGGACUUUUCGAGGGGAAAACAGCUGACGGCUUUGGAGGGCGGACACAAGACGAGGGUUUGGCGAGCGCACGAAGCGACGGGGGAGCGUUGGAUAUUGAUACUGGAGCAAGCAAAGUAUAUCCCACCGAGGAUCGAGAAAACGUCUGGGGCGAGCCGGGGCGCCGGGUCGGUCUUGGUUCUCCCCGUAGUCAAGGGGGAAAGGUGGAUCAACCGGGUAGAAAAGCGAACCAAAUAACUCAAACCGUUCCCAAGCCGGAGUUCCGCUCUAGCCCGGGGAAUGGCGCCCCGAUUGUAAACCCAUUUAUAAUCAAAACGGAGCUCGAUUCGAGCCCGGGGAGUGCUUUCCCGGGCGUGAGCUUCGCGCCCCGAGCCGUGACUGGCUUAGAAAACGGGCCCACCGUGUCGACCCGGGAGGAGGGCACCGGGCAAGCGAGCCCCAAAUUGACACCGCAAUCGUCGGACUCGUCGGCGGCCGCCGGGCGGUGUCGGUCCCCGAGCACAGAGCCGUUUCUAAAAACGGAGGCCGCUGCCACGAUUAGUCACUGAUUCUGUCAAAGGGGUGCUGGGGACGUCCCUCUCCGACUUCGUGUUUGGCUUCUUGGCUGCUUGAAGACGGGCGUCUAUAGCGCCGCAAGACCGUGGGCAUCAGCAUGUCAUCAAGUAAAGACUCCUGACGAGUCGGCUUCAAGUUACUCGAUUGUUGUGAGCCGAUGGCUUCGGUUUGGGGCAGAUCGUUCUUUGUCGACUCCCAAGAUGGCAUCGUCCAAUAUGAGGAGAUUAGGAAAACUCUUGGCGCCUUUGCAAGCCACAUUUUUUGAUGUUGAAGUUGCAGGGCGAUAGGGGUGUUGAGACCGCUUCAUUACGAGUCUGGUCGCAAUUCAUUGAUGAGGCGUGAGGUGCGCCACGAUUUGUACACAGUCUUAGGAAACUAUGUGUACAGUAGUGUAACAUAUGAAGGACUUCGGAACAAUUCGUUGCGGUAGCAGGUCACGGUCUCGGCGCGCAUUAACAGUCUUUCAAGCUCUGGCAAGGAUUUAGUCACUUGG